AUGCUGUCACGCAACAUUGCUGGUCGGGUACCAGCUCGGGUGCGACCACUACAACUAUCAAGGCGCCCUGCCAUACACUCACUCCGACCAUUCACCCACUGUACUCGACUUCAAAUCUCCCCGCCGUCAGGUCGUCCGCAGCUACAAUUUCUCUCACCACAACCACUCUCACGACCUAUCCCCCCGCUUUCAAUUCACCUGCGCAAACAUUUCGGCCGCUUAGUAUCAACAACUAGUCGCGAACACUACAAGAAACGCUUCAGCUAUACUGUGAAAACCACCCUCACCCUAACCGCCAUCUUCUUCCUGUUCUCAAUCGUCAAGCUCGGCGUAUACCAAGAAGAUAUCGAGCACAAAUGGCCGUCACCGCCAGAAUGGUCAUGGAAAUCUCGCUGGUGUCUUCGCUCCGCACAGGCCCUGCAACACCCUGAGUACACAAACCGCCUCUUAACCGAUUGGCCCAUGGUAGCAGGCUACCUCAAGGAACUCAUCGAACGACUGGAGAACGUGGAACGCGAAGGCGCGGGAAUUUUCGAGCAAGGAGACGGAGGAAUCCUUGUCGAGGGCGUUGGUCUGACGGGUCUCGACAUCUCCGCUAAAAGCGAGCCCUGGCGUCGUGGUUAUUUCCAGGCUCUUCUUGGCGCCGCAAAGGCCGCUGAGAACCUGGAGGGAUGGUUAACCGAUAAGAAACAGCGUGUCUCUGCUCCAGCGGAACAUGUUAUCGGUCCUUCAAACCCGCGCCCGAAGCCCAUGCCCGCGGCUGCAAACUACGUUAUCCACGAAGAGGAUUGCGAAGUUGCGUCCCCACCACCGGAGAAGUUCUACAUGAAGAUCCUGACGACGAACGGCUUCGACACAAACCAGAAGGUCGAGGCUGCACUGGCUUAUGCCGAUUGGCUCGACUACAAGGGUCUCGGAAUAACGGCAGGCGAUAUGUACAUCUGGGCACUAGACAUAGCUGCAGGUGGCAUUGAAGGCGGCGCGGAUAACCUCGUCGAUCUGAAAACGGGCGUGCUGAAGAAUACCAGCCCCGAACCACCAUCCGAGAAUCUGAUGCGCGUCUCAACCGCAUUGGCCGUCCACAAUGCCCGCCAGGGUGACCUACCAACCGCCCUAUCCCUAUUCACAUCCGUUCUCAAAGCCUGGCGCAGUCUCCCGCUAGUCCAAGAUCAUCAAACCCUCACACCACCAACACAAGGCUUCAACCCCCCUCGCCCCGAUUUUCAAUCUCUUCUCAACAGCAAUGACCCACCAACCCGCACAACAGGCUCAAUCUGCCACGAAGCAGGCCUAAUGACCUACAUCGGCGAAAUCCUCUACGCAUCUUCAAGUCGCGAGCACGGAUUAGCCUGGACCCGGGACUCCGUCGAAUUGGCCGAGUCAACCCUCGCAAGUCUUCACAAUUCGCCCGAUCUGACAUCCCGCGGCCGCUGCGCACAGUGUCUGAAGGUCGGACUGGAGAACUGGCGGACGAUGGUUUCGGCACUGGUUGAGAGUGCGCGCGAGGAGCAGGUUGAGAGUCUUGUUUCGGCGAAGAAGGCUUGGUAUGGUGGGGCUAAUCAGGCGAAGGAUAAGGCUGAGCAGUUGAGGAGGUGGGAGGCUGAACGGGAUAUUCUUCAGCAUCGGAUUGAGGAGGUUUUUCCUUUGCUUGAUGGGGAGGGGGGGACUUGA